GAAGUAAUGGAAGUCUAAGGGUUUGGCAGGGAGGGCUCUACAAGCCUGACUUUGGACUUUUGCAAUUCCAAGUCAUUUCCCCCCCCCCGGUCUCCUAUUCUGUCAAAGAGAAGAAAGAGGCAGGAACACAGAGAACGGGAUGCUGGGAGCGAAAUUUUUCUAUUUUGGAAGUUGAAACCAAUCUCAGCAUCUAUGUAGCUUACUUGAACGAACCCAUACCAGGUUGCGUAGUAAAUGUCGGAGAGAGCUGGAGCCCAGUAUGAGGAAGGCGGGCAGGCCAGUGCCCGGCGUGUCCAAGGCCAUCCCAAGCACCACUAAGACCCAGACAGCAGACAGAGCGAAGCCUGAAGGAGCCUCCAUCAACACUACCAUGGGCACAGCUGGCAAGACCACCACCAAGACCUCCACCUCUGCCCCCCUCUCUAAGGCAAAGAGCAGUGAUGAUCUCCCAUCAGCCACCACGACAGGAACCGGGGCCACGGCAGGAAGUGGAGCUGUAGCCAAAUCCAAGAAGACAAGCUCCGCCCACUCUUCAACCUCCUCCAACCCUGGUGUCAGCAACUCGGAAGCCAAAAUCAAGACCAGCUCAGCCAAGCGCGGGAUGUCCUCUGUGGCAAAAGAGCCCUGUUCAACCCGGGAGAGCGUCAGGGAACGUUCCAGAACCUGCGGCGCCGGCAGGAAACCCUCCGGCUCCGAUGCUGCCGGCCCGCCCAAGAGGACCCGCUCCAGGACCAUGGCCGAAUCCGAGUCCCGGAUGAGCAAGUCCCGAUCGGACGGGCAGAUCAGCAACAAGGCGGUCCUGGAAACCCGGGUCAAGGACCUAAUGGGUCUGGCCAAGAGUAAGGAUGUCGAGAUCCUCCACCUGCGCAGUGAGUUGCGGGGCAUCCGGGUCCAACUAGGACUCCCGGAGGAGGAGGAGGACGACGAAGAGGAGGAGGAGAAUGACCGGGGGAGCAGAGCCAGGGAGGAGGGCGAAGGGGAGGAGACGGAGGCAAGCGCCGACCCCCCCCAGGCCAAGGAGGAGCGAGAAGCCCCCCUUUUCAUGUCGGCCGGCGUGGAAUCCACCCUGCUCCUCCUGCAGGAGCAGAACGCGGGCAUCCGGGGUGAGCUGAACCUGCUGAAGAACGAGAACCGCAUGCUGAAGGACCGGCUCAACGCCCUGGGCUUCUCCCUGGAGCAGAGGCUGGAGAGCCCCCACAAAGCCCUGCGCCUCCCCUCCUUCAGCCCAGAGCCCGUCUCGUUCGGCAGGGGCGGCGAGGGCGACUGCAGCGCAGGAGCAAGCCGCCACUCCGCCUCCCUCCGGGACGGGAACUCCCCUCACACCUCCGCCCCGGGAUCCGCCCGCGGCUCCACGGAGGACCUCCUGACCGACGCCCGAGGCGGCGCCGUCUCCCCGGAGGCGGCCGACAGCGAGUGCAGCGAGGCCUACCAGCCCAUCACGUCCAGCGACGACGCCCUGGACGCCCCGUCGGGCUCCGCCUCGGCCUGCGGCUCCUCCUCCGAGUCGGAGGGCUGCUGCGGCCCGCCGGGCCACGGCGAGGAGCGCUCGCGGAGGGGCAGCAGCGGCAACACCAGCGAGGUGUCGGUGGCGUGCCUGACCGAGAGGAUCCACCAGAUGGAGGAGAACCAGCACAGCACGUCGGAGGAGCUCCAGGCCACCCUGCAGGAGCUGGCCGACCUGCAGCAGAUCACCCAGGAGCUGAGCGCGGAGAACGAGCGCCUGGGGGAGGAGAAGGCCAUCCUGGUGGACUCGCUCUGCCAGCAGGGGGACCGCCUGGAGCUCUACGGCCGGCACAUGGACUACUUCCGGGGCCUGCUGGACGAGCACCGGGUCCCCUACGCCGCGGCCGGCGACAAGGAGGUGGCGAAGAGCGGCCGCUACCUGGAGCUGGAGCGCCGCUGCGCCGAGCUGAACGAGGGCGCCCGCUUCGAGCGCGAGCAGCUGCUGGGGGUGCAGCAGCACCUGAGCGGGGCGCUCAAGAUGGCGGAGCAGGACAACGCCGACGCCCAGGGGCUGAUCUCGGCGCUGAAGGAGCGCGUCCACGCGGCCGAGCGGGCGGCCGACAUGGAGCGGCGGGAGCGCGGGGAGGCGGCGGCCGAGCUGGACGCCCUGAGGGAGGCGGCGGGCGGCGAGCAGGCGGAGCUGGCCCGCUGCCGCCUCCAGCUGGAGCAGGAGAGGCAGCGGGUGGCCGAGCUGUACGCCCUGCACGACGCCGGGGAGACGACGGACGUGCGCCACCUGCUGGAGAGCGAGCGGAGGGACAAGGAGAGGGCCGAGUCGGAGGCGGCCCACCUCCAGGAGGAGCUGAGUCACACCAGGAACGAGGCGGCCAGGCUGCAGGACGGCAUCAGCAAGCUGGAGGAGGACUUCCGGGCGUUCCGUGACGGGGUGCAGAAGCAGCUGGCCGAGCAGAAGCGCGCCCUGGCCCAGCAGCGCUCCCAGCUGGAGGAGCGAGACACGGAGGUGGCCGACAUGAAGGAGACCAUCUUCGAGCUGGAGGACGAGGUGGAGCAGCACCGAGCCGUCAAGCUCCACGACAACCUCAUCAUCACCGACCUGGAGAACUCGGUAAAGAAGCUUCAGGAUCAGAAACACGACAUGGAGCGAGAGAUCAAGAUCCUCCAUCGGAAGCUACGGGAGGAGUCUAUCGAGUGGCGCCAGUUCCAGGCCGACCUGCAGACCGCCGUGGUCAUCGCCAACGACAUCAAGUCGGAAGCCCAGGAGGAGAUGGGAGACCUGCGGCGCCGCCUGCUGGACACGCAGGACAAGAACGAGAAGAUGAGCAAGGAGCUGGAGGACCUCAAGAAUCGCAAGCAGGAUGAGGAGAGGGGCCGGGUGUAUAACUACAUGAACGCCGUGGAGAGAGACCUGGCCGUCCUCAGGCAGGGCAUGGGGCUGAGCCGACGCUCGUCCACCACCUCCGAGCCCUCGCCCACCGUCAAGACCCUCAUCAAGAGCUUCGACAACGCCUCCACCACAGGUCCAGUGCCCACCACCCCUACUGCCACCGUGCCGCCGGCCGUCGCCACGGCGAUGGCGCGGACCCCCCUCAGCCCCAGUCCCUUGAAGACCCCCCCUGCUGCAGCAGUAACCCCCAUCCAGAGGCACACGGUGUCGACCACCAAGCCCCUGUCUUCUAUGGUGGACAAGAGGUCCAGCUACACAGACCUCAGUAUGGCAGCAGAUCACCUGCUCCGAGCCUCACCUGGGUCUCACACACCCUCCGCGCUCCAGCGGGUGCCCAACAUGGACUCCUCUAAGUCCCUCUCAGUCUCCCGCAGGAGCAGCGAGGAGCUGAAGAGGGACCUGUCCGCGCCGGACCCCGCUCCACCCUCCGUCUCCCUCAUCACCCUGGCCGUGGCUGCCUCCUCCCCCUCCUCCUCCUCCCCGACUGCCUCCGUCACCCCGUCGGCGAGGGGCCGCUUGCGGGAGGAGAGGAAGGACCCCCUCUCAGCGCUGGCCAGGGAGUAUGGGGGAUCCAAGAGGAACGCUCUCCUCAAGUGGUGCCAGAAGAAGACUGAAGGAUACCAGAACAUUGACAUCACCAACUUCAGCAGUAGCUGGAACGAUGGGCUAGCCUUCUGUGCUGUCCUCCACACCUACCUCCCUGCCCACAUACCCUACCAGGAACUCUCCAGCCAGGACAAGAAGAGGAACUUCACGUUGGCUUUCCAGGCGGCCGAGAGCGUGGGGAUCAAGUCCACACUGGACAUUGGAGAGAUGGUGCACACUGAGAGGCCAGACUGGCAGAGCGUGAUGACCUACGUCACCGCAAUCUACAAGUACUUUGAGACCUGACCUCCGGUCCACCCUCGACCCCCACGCUCCCUUCCAUCGUGACUGCAAACCCCACGUCUCUCCGCCACACCGGACAUCGAAAAAGAAUCUGUGCUUAUGCCAUGCAACCUGCAAUGACUGCUGUGAAGU